AUGUGCGGCGGUCUCGUUGAUUUUGAUGAAUCAGCUGAACUGGUGCUUGGUAAUUCGACUUCCAGCGAUCUUGCAAAACUAAAAUAUAUAGCGAUGCUCAAACGUCGGCAAAAGAUAGUCAAUACGAUUAACACUAAUCGCAUUAUACGCAACCAGUUAAUCAAGCAUCACUACUGGCAGCACAAAUCCAGUGCCGGAUGA